AUGCAAGCGGCGCCCCGGGAUGAAACUAGUAUAGAACAUUUAAGUGACACAAAAAAGUUUGAGUAUAUAUCUCCGCUCAUGAUCAAACUCACCCCUCGACCAGUCGCUCGACUAGUCGGUCGACUAGUUGAGAUCGCAGCCAUGGACCACAAGGAGUUCCGGGUGAAAGCAAAAGAAUUGGUGGACUAUAUGGCGGAUUACCUGGAGAAUAUCAGGGACCAUAAGGUGUACCCUGGGGUCCAGCCAGGCUACCUCCACAAGAGACUACCGGACCACGCACCAGAGACACCGGAGAAAUGGGACGACAUCUUCAAAGACGUGGAGGAUCACAUCAUGCCCGGGAUCGUCCACUGGCAGAGUCCCCACAUGCACGCGUACUUCCCAGCAUUGACCUCAUACCCAUCAAUCAUGGGAGAAAUGCUGUCUAGUGCUAUGAAUGUCCUCUGCUUCACCUGGGCUUCAUCGCCGGCUGGUACAGAAUUAGAGACGAUAGCGAUGAACUGGCUCGGGAAACUCCUCGGUCUACCGGAGUGCUUCCUUAAUGAAAAGAACGACAGCCAAGGAGGUGGUGUGAUACAGACCACAGCGAGCGAGGCAACCCUGGUGAGUCUGCUAGCUGCCCGCACCAGGGCCCUGAUGGAACUAUCAGCUCUCAACCCUGACAUGCAGUCCUCUGAACUGCUCGGACAUCUGAUAGCUUACUGUUCCGACCAAGCACAUUCAUCAGUGGAGAAGGCUGGACUCAUUGGUCUGGUGCGGAUGCGUUACAUAGAAUCUGAUGAACAUCAGUGUAUGAGAGGAGACAAAUUAGAGGAAGCUAUCCUCAAUGAUAAGGCCAAGGGAUUGGUACCCUUCUGGGUGUGCGCCACCCUCGGUACGACGGGUUCCGUAGCCUUCGAUGAUCUCCGUGAGAUAGGUCCAGUGUGUGACCAGCACUCCAUCUGGCUGCACGUGGAUGCUGCUUACGCUGGGAGCGCGUUUAUAUGCCCCGAAUACAGACACUGGCUGGACGGUAUCGAGCUGGUGGAUUCCUUCGCCUUCAAUCCAUCCAAGUGGCUGAUGGUCAACUUCGACUGCACCGGCAUGUGGGUCAGGGACAGUAACGCUCUGCAUAGAACCUUCAACGUUAACCCUAUUUAUCUAAGACACGAAAAUUCAGGCAAAGCUAUCGACUAUAUGGUUGGUACCCAACACGCGAACACCAGGCGUAGGAUCGAAACCGAAAUCCUCAUCAAAGGUGAUCAUGAGGAGAGUGUUAUAAGUGACGAGGGUUACCCGCCCAGUGAGGAGAGUAGCCUUACUGACGAGAGUGACGAGGAUGUCAAGUCACAGGACACGUCACACGUAGCUACGAUACAAUUGGAAAACCCCAAUAAGAAAGAGCUACUUCAUUGGCAGAUACCUCUCAGUCGACGGUUCAGAGCUUUAAAGCUGUGGUUCGUAUUGAGGAAUUACGGAGUCAGCGGCCUCCAGAAACACAUUAGAGAGAGCGUACGUCUAGCUCAGAAGUUUGAGGCUUUGGUGCUAGCGGAUCAACGUUUUGAAAUACCACAACCACGGAAUCUUGGCAUGGUGGCUUUCCGUCUCAAAGGAGACAACACCCUCACUGAGUAUCUCCUGAAGCGUCUGAACGCUCGCGGCUACCUGCACGCGGUGCCAGCGUGUUUCAAAGGAGUCUACGUCAUUAGAUUCACCGUCACUUCCCAAAGAACCACCAACCAGGACAUACUCGACGACUGGACUGAAAUCAAGACUGUGGCGUCCGAAAUACUGAAGGAAAUGUUCGGAUCAGAAAACGGGAAUAUCGUGGUGUCCAAGAAACCGAGGAUUUCUUUGAAAGAGACUCGCGAACUGAACGCCACGUUUGGUACGAGUCUGUUGCUAGCCAACAGCCCAAUGAGUCCUAAGAUCGUAAACGGCACGCACGCUGCGAUAUGUGAUUACGAGUCACUACUAUCAUCAUGCGCUCAGACAUUCGCUGAACUGAAAAUGGAACCCAAAGACAGUCCCGAGAUGCGUCGUCGUGUUCGAGGUAUGAAGGCUUGUGGCAAGAAGUUCUCUCUGGACUCCUACAUGGACAUGCUCCAGGACCUGGUGGUGGAGUCACUGCCGCAGUGCUCGGAAGAGAAGGAGGAGACUCCUAAUGGUAAAUAUAUAACAAGCCCCGCCCCUACGUGUGCAGGUUCCAGUCCCGCUGAUCGCUCCAUCUCAUCACCCAUAGUAUCGAGCACUACUAUAAAACCAGACGUCUGCACGGACAACCAGUUACUAGUACCGAUGACCCCCUCCAGACAGUUCAGAUCGAAAUCGGUCGACGAGACCGAUUUGAAGCUAGACGACGCUAUCAUCUCCAUAGACAUCAAGAACAACGAGAUCACACUCACGCCGACCGAUUCUAAAAGCAUUCUCGACACAGAUGACAUGAAAAUCGGCGAUCGGAUUUCCAGAGCAUUCGACCUGGACACUAAUAUGGAGUAUAAAGACGCAGGUGAAGCGAAGCUGACUAUCAAAGGACCUGGAAGUUACAUAAAGCAACUAAUCCAGCAGUUCAGUGAGGGUCCAUUUGACCCAGAGGUCUGUAACCCUGACCCGGCCAGAGCAAUCACCACACAGAGCCUUAAACAACGCGCUGAUGCUUUUUGCAAGAAAUGUCUACACUACAAGGUCAAUAAGUAA